AUGAUCAGUUAUAUGAUGGAUGAAACAUUCAUACAAUAUUGGACUAUUGAUCCAUUCUGUUUCUAUAUAAUAACAUCAUUUCGACAAUUAUAUCGACAAUAUCUAAUGUUUGCAUUCAUAUUGACAUUGUUGGGUAUUUUAGGUAAAAUUACAUUCUUCUUUGCACGUGUGGAUACGGACACAUUUCGAACACCAUACGAAUUAGUUGUACAUAAUAUGGAACAAUAUCAACAUUGUAAACGACGAAAAUCAGAAGUCGCACAAAUGAUGGAAGAAAAUUUUAAUGAAAAUCUCAAAGAUAUGAAUAAGGCAAGUCGUUUCAUUCCAAACAUUAUUACUAGAUUGUUUUGUCAAUGUCAGACAUUAUGGCAAACAUAUAUCAUCAUAUAUCCAAUACAAAUCGAUCCAGUAGAAUUGAUGCAGAUGAUACCGUUAAAAUCAAAACAAAGUGUUAUGUUUAAUGACCGUAUUAAGAUAAUUAGAUUAUUAACGAUUAUUGAUCCAAUUAUCAUUACAUUACAUCUUGGACUUUUUUUUCGAACAAUCGAUUUUUUUAUGAUUACACAUGGUCUUUUUGUUAUCGUUCAAUGUGGACUGUUCUUGUUAUCAUCAUCUCUUGCUAUUGGUAUAUUUAUCAGAAGUCGAUUGAAUCGUCUGAAUGACCAACUACAUCGUAUGGCUUUUGGUUGUCGAAUACGUAAUAGUCAAGCCAUUUCGACCAAAAAACCACAAAAACCUUUGUUGAAUCGAACAAUACUUUUGGAUUGGAUUUAUCGCCAACAUGUUCAUACAUGUGUGGAUAGACUGUAUUCUUAUCAAGAAUUAUGGAGUAAUGCCCUCUUUACUUAUUUAAUCAUGAGCAUACCAUUCAAUGUAAUAGCCGUCUCUGGUUUAGUGGUCGAACAAUUGACCUGGUUUGAAAUGAUUAUUCAGUACAUGAUCAUUGUUAUUCAUACUGCGAUGACAAUUGUGUCGUUGUUGCAGUUUUCGCGACAAACAAGGCUGCUGCAUGAAGCAAAGUUAUAUCUUGUUCCAAUCAUACAGUCGAUCGUGAUAAUCCACAGACCUCCAAUCGCUAUCGAUUGUAUUUCAACGAAAACUUUGCGAUUAAAAUUGAAAUAUGAAGAUCUUUACAAUCGCUUGACACACCGCCGAAAAUACGGUCCAUAUGUUUCGACGGUUGGUGUGGUGACCAACAUGUUUAUAUUUGAUCUUUUUACCACCUAUAUCGGCGUAUUUAUUUUUGUAUCCACUCAUAUUCAGUCACUAAUUUCAAUAGGAAAGACUUGAAGUAGUAAUUCAACUAUUAACAAUACAUAUAUU